AAAAACCAAACUAACAGCACAACUCCCAUCAAGAUACCCUUUUUCUUGUGUACAGAAACACUUAAAUAAACACACCCACCAACACUGUAAACACACAUACACAAAUGGCCACCUCAAUUCUCCUCUCGAGUUCCGUCUCCCCCAUUCCCCAAAUUCCAGAACGCCCCAAAUUCAUCUUCCCCACACCCAAACUCAAUCGUACAGUAACACCCAUCAACAGUUAUUCAAGCAGAGGUUUUUUAAAGAGCACCCAAUUAUUGCCCACCAACUGUUCGACGAAAUGCCGCAGAGUGUUUGUUCUCGGAGAAAACGAUACAAGUGUUUCCAAAGAUGUUCAGGUGGGUGAGGACUCUGCAAGUUUUGAUUUGGCGAAGCAAAAGAUUAGUUCUUGGAUAUAUUUUGGUGGGGUUUUGGGGGUUGUGCUGUUUAUUCUUGAUGUUGUUUGGCUUGAUAAUUCUACUGGAUUUGGUAAAGUUUUCAUCGAUUCUGUUUCGAGUGUUUCGGAUAGCCCUGAGGUUGUGAUGUUCCUCCUUACACUUAUUUUUGCCGUUGUACAUAGUGGGUUGGCUAGUCUUAGAGAUCCCGGUGAAAAACUCAUCGGAGAGCGUGCUUUUCGUGUGCUAUUUGCUGGAACAUCUCUUCCUCUCGCCGUUAGUACAAUUGUGUAUUUCAUCAACCAUAGAUACGACGGCGUUCAGUUAUGGCAGCUGCAAAGUGUUCCAUGGUUACACUAUCUAUUGUGGGUCACUAAUUUCGUAUCAUUCUUAUUUCUCUAUCCAUCGACUUUUAACUUAUUAGAGGUAGCUGCUGUCGAUAAACCUAAGAUGCAUCUUUGGGAAAGUGGUAUCAUGAGAAUCACCAGGCAUCCACAGCUGGUAGGACAGGUGAUGUGGUGCAUCGCUCACACAAUAUGGAUCGGGAACUCUGUGGCUGUAGCUGCAUCGGCUGGGCUAAUCGGGCAUCAUCUGUUUGGUGCAUGGAAUGGAGAUAGGAGGCUGAAAAUUAGAUACGGUGAAGCUUUUGACAUUGUGAAAAGUCGAACAAGUGUGGUCCCAUUUGCAGCUAUCCUCGAUGGGCGUCAAAAGUUGCCAAAAGAUUAUUACAAGGAGUUUAUAAGGUUACCAUAUCUAGCUAUUACUGGUUUGACUGUUGGAGCUUAUCUUGCUCAUCCACUCAUGCAGGCUGCUAGUUUCCGGCUUCAUUGGUAGUGUACACUUUUAUGUAUGUGUACCAAACACACAAUACCAAGUUAUAGGAACAUUUGUUGUUCACAAUGUAUAUCGGUUAAGUGGCGAUAGUGGUUACAAAUUUGAGUUUUCGGUGUGUUACGAUUUCAAGUACAAUUGUAAAGAUUUUCUGUUACUCAAAAUACCCUUUUAUAUAACACUAACAACACUUCAGGAUGGCA